AAUGUGAGAACCAUUUAAUUCAACCGUUGAAGCUCGCAGAAUGUCAGGAUUUGGAGAUAUCUUGAAGGUGGUCGGAGAAUACGGGAGGUUCCAGAAAUGGUUGGUGGUACUCAUUUGCAUCCCAAAUUUCUUAACCCCGUUUCACAUGUUUGGCCAAGUCUUCAUCAGUAUGGAUGUGCCUCACCAUUGCAAUACCAGCUGGAUCCGGGCAAUUAGCCCCAACCUAACCAUAGAACAGGAGCUGAAUUUGACCAUUCCUAGGAAACCAGAUGGUUCUCUGGACGAAUGCUGUAGGUUCCGUCCAGUGGAAGAAGAUAUUGAAUCGAUAAUAAAAUAUGGGCUCAAUUCCACAGAGAAGUGUCAACAGGGAUGGGUGUAUCCUUCAGAGCUCAAGCCAACACUGGUAACAGAGUUUAAUUUGGUCUGUGACCGAAAAGACUUAAACGACAUCUCCCAAUCUAUUUACAUGGGUGGUCUUCUGAUCGGAGCGCUGGUCUUCGGCCCACUGAGUGACAGGAUUGGAAGUCGGCUGUCCAUUCUGCUGACGCUCCUCAUCAUGGGAUCCUUUGGCGUUGGGGCUGGUUUGGCACCCCACUUCUACAUCUACAUUGCCCUGAGGUUCUUUGUGGGUGCUGCUUUUGCUGGGAUCAGCAUCAGCAUGGCAGCCUUGAGUUCGGAGUGGGUGGGGCCGUCUUACCGUCCCCGGGCGCUGAUCAUUACCCAUUGUGCCAACGCGCUGGGUCAAAUGGCUCUGGCUGGCUUGGCGUACUUUAUCCGUGACUGGCGACGCUUUCAGAUCGCAGGGUCGGCCCCUGCGUUCGCUCUGUUUUUCUAUAUUUGGGUCCUUCCCAGUUCUGCUCGGUGGCUGAUAACCAAGGGGAAAAUUAAAGAGGCCAAAGAAAUCCUCCAAAAAGCCGCCUCUAUCAACAAACGCACCAUCUCCGAGGAAGUCCUCAACCAGUUGACUCCGGAAGAGAAGGUGAAAUCUGGAAACAUCCUAGAUCUUUUCAAGAUACCGCAUCUAAGGAAUAUGACUUUAAUCAUGGCUUGGGUGUGGUUUGCGGACAGUUUUGUGUAUUAUGGAGUGAGUCUUCACGUUGGGGAUUUCGGCUUGGACAUCUACUUGACCCAACUCAUCUUUGGAGCAGUUGAAAUACCAUCUCGCGUCUCCUGCAUUUUUCUGCUCCAGUGGCUCGGGAGGAAGAAGUGCCAAGCAGCUUGGCUUCUCCUGGGGGGAAUUGUGUGUGUGCUCAUCCCCGUUGUCCCCAAAGAUUUCCCUGUGAUUGUGACAGUGCUCGCGGUGAUCGGCAAGUCUGCUCUGGGGGCCUCCUUUUCAACCACUUACCUGUUUUCUGCAGAGAUAUUCCCCACAAUUGUCAGACAAUCCAGCCUAGGCUUGUGUUCCAUGUCUGCCCGGGUCGCGGGCAUCAUUGCCCCAUUAGUUAGCCUGCUGGAAAAAUAUCACCCUGCUAUUCCCAUGUCCUUGUUUGGGAGUUCAGCGCUGAUCGGAGGAAUCCUCUGCUUCUUCCUCCCUGAAACACGAAACAAAGAUCUUCAGGAUGUCACAUCGCAAACCUUGUCAAGCCGGCGGUCCAAGAAGGCUUUCAACAUUAACUGUGAAAAAGGAGCAAGAGAAGAAGGCAGACACGUUCCAGAAUUUACCCAGGACACGUAUCUCUAGCACCAAGAAAUUGUGGUGUCUAUCAGAAGGAUGGGACUUUUUUAUCCGGCAAGAAUUUCAAUAAACAGAGUUUCUGAGUUUUGU